AUGGCAGGUAAUUUCAAUUUUUCGAUUAACCGUUUUUGGGGCAGAACAUUACUGGACUAUGAAACGGUGGAGGCGAUUGGUAGAUCUGGGGGUCUUCUAACGAUUUGGGAUCCCACUGUGUUCGAAAAAUUCGGGGUGAUAAAGAACCGUAAUUUUUUAGCGGUCGCCGGCAAACUCCGAAUAACCGGGGAUGUUGUGUUAGUUGUUAACAUAUACGCACAGAACGAUCCGAUCGAAAGACGUGCGUUGUGGGGGGAAUUGGUGCAGCUCAGGAGAUCACAACCAGGGAUGUGGGUGUUUCUCGGUGAUUUCAACGACGUAAGGAGACCUGAAGAGAGAUGCGGAUCUAGUCGAAUAUCAAAUGGGCGAAAAAAAUAUACAUACAGGUCGGAUAAUGGUACAAACAUGAGUAAAUUGGACAGGUUCUUGGUAAGUAGAGAUUUCAUGGGUAAAUGGCCGUUGGCUUCGGUUACGGCUUUAUCAAACCUGGUCUCUGACCAUUGUCCUAUACUUCUAUCCACGGUGGAAAUAGAUUACGGAAAGAUCCCGAUUCGUUUGUUCAACUCCUGGUUCGAAAUCCCGGGAGCGGUUGAAUAUGUAGAAAACCUUAUGGCAGUGUUCCGAUUUCAAGGGCCGGCUGAUUUGGCGUUAGAUGUAAAGUUAAAGUGGGUUAAGAAGCGGCUUAAGGAAUGGGUGUAUAGCCGAAAGUCUGAGAUGAACAGUGAGUAUAAUGCAAAGGUGAAAAGACUGGAGGAAAUCGAAGUGGUAGCUGAACAGAGACUCCUAAAUCAAGUGGAAUUGGAGGAAAGGGCAGAGUGCAAGGAUCUUAUAUCGGAGAUGGAUAGAUUAAAGUCCAUGGAUAUGAGACAAAAAUCUCGGUACGAUGGGCUAAGGACGGGGACGAGAACACAAAGUACUUCCACGGGGUAG